AUCGACACAGAUAAUAUAAACAAUAUAUUUCUUUAGAUCCAGGAGGAAGGCGCUAAGCUUGUCAGGUUUAAUCCACGAGUGCAGAGUUGUUUUAAUAGUGAGACAUGGUCAAGUUCAUUUAUUGGGAUGUAAGUAGGCAGGUGAGGAUGAGCUGGUAAAAAAUCUGUUUACUGAAGAAUCUAAGAGAAAUCUAGGGAAGAAAAAGAGAACCGAUUAUUUGACACAGGGACAAGAAACUGUGCUGAUAACAGUCGACAAGAGCGUGAUGUAUUUUUAUUCAGGUAUGGAGAUGAGACGGUAAAUUAUUCUCUGUAACCAGACGUGAUUCAUUAAGAUUGAAAGUAAGAUUUACACCAACGGAGGCCUUUUAGAAGAGAAAAAAAACUUCUCUGGACUUCAGCCGAAUGGAUCCUUUUGAGAGUCCUAAUACCCUGCAGCGAAAAGCCAAGAUGAUGUUCGGCCUGAAAGUGAAGAAGAAGAAAGUCAACAAAGACCUGGUCCUGGCAAACAAGGGAGCUGUUGACAGCGAGGUACAGUUGCAUUUUGAAGGGACUCCUCUGCUGGAAGAAGAAAACACUGACGACCAACCAGGAAAGUCUGAAGUCAGAUCCAGAAUCAUACCAAACAAGAAGAGGUCCAAACUGAAAACGAACAUCCAGGACAUUGACAGGAAACCACAGAGCUUCCAGAUAGCCAUCAACAUCACUGAGGCCAGACAGCUAGUGGGGGAGAACAUCGACCCCAGUGUGGUGAUUGAGAUUGGUGAUGAGAAGAAACAGACGUCUGUCAAGGAAGGAACCAACGCUCCCUUUUACAAUGAGUAUUUCGUGUUUGACUUCUUUGCCCACAAAGACGUCCUCUUCGACAAAGUGAUCAAGCUAACGGUGAUGCACUCUAAGAUGCUGAGGAGUUUCUGUGUCGGCUCCUUCAAGCUGGAUUUGUGGACAGUCUACAAACAGCCAGGUCACCAGUUUGUCAAUAAGUGGGCCAUGUUGACCAAUGCUGGUGACAUCAGCACUGGGGUCAAAGGUUAUGUCAAGUGUGACAUCAGCGUCUCUGCAAAGGGAGACGCCAUGCAACCCGGUCCCAAAGCCAGUGAUGCUGACGAGCAGAUAGACAAGAACCUGCUGAUACCAGAGGGUUGUCCUUCUGAACGGCCGUGGGCACGAUUCUGCAUGAAGGUGUAUCGAGCUGAAGGUCUUCCCCGGAACAACUCCAGCAUCAUGGCCAAUGUCACCAAGGCCUUCAUCGGAGACAACACAGCACUCGUAGACCCAUAUGUAGUGGUCAGCUUCUACAAACAAGUGGGCCGCACAUCCACUCAGAAGUCCACGGCCGACCCGGUGUGGAACGAACAGAUCGUCUUUACAGAGAUGUUUCCUCCUCUGUGUCAGAGAAUGAAGAUCCAGGUCUGGGAUGCGGGAAGCAUGAGUGACGUUGCCAUAGGAACCCAUUACUUUGACCUGAGACGCAUCUCCAAUGAACAGGAUGGUGACAGAGGGUUUUUACCAACUUUUGGUCCUGCUUGGAUCAACCUGUACGGAUCUGCCCGAAACUUUUCCAUGGGCGACGACACAGCGGAGCUGAACGAGGGUAUCGGAGAGGGCGUGUCAUACAGGGGGCGGAUCUACGUGGAGCUGGCAGUGGAGAUCAUGUCAGGAGGGACGGGUUCAGGCUCAGGACGAAUGAGCAAACCUGUGAAGGACACAAAAGCGGGAAAGGCUGUAGGGAAGGACAGUAAGCCUGGUGCAGGAGGAGCAGCAAGCGGAGCAGCAGGAGGAGCUGCUGAUGACGACAAAGGAAAAGCUUUGGCCGCAGAAGUCCUGUCGGUGGAAUCUCCUCCUGCACUGAGUGACAACAACACCAGCUUCCUGCUGUUUGGUACCGUGUUUGAAGCCACCAUGAUCGACAGAAAGAUUGGAGACAAACCAAUCAGCUUCGAGUUCUCCGUGGGUAACUAUGGUAAUACCUUGGAGUCUCCGGGCCAGCCCAUCCCAAGUCCUUCUGUUCCUCGGAGGAGAAGAGUGCUGGACGUCACAGACACCAGCGACCUCUUAGGCUCAUCCCAUCCCCGCCUCUCACCCACCUCUCCACGUUCCCCCCUCCUGCCUAGAGAAGCUCAGGAGACCGCCCCGACCUCCAAGUCCACCACACCUCCUGAAAGACCGGUCAUCAUCGAAGGAAACAGGUACUUUAUGUAUCUACCCCUGGAGAAGCAGAAGCCAUGUGUUAAUGUGCUGAGUCACUGGGAGAACAGACCCUACCGACUCUACAACUCCAACAUGCUGGAGAACAUAGCUGUUCUGUUUGAGGAGGGUGUGUCCGGUGUUGUAGAGCUAAACAAAAAGUCGGAUCCUGGAACAAAGGGAGAGCUGAAUAAUGUUCUUAAAGAAUUCUGCAUGGACGCCAGGAGUUUUAUAUUGGCAGCGGAGGCCAAGCUUAAGACAGAAGUAAAAUCCACUUACCUGACACAGCUGGACAAGAAACGUCUCACCAUGUGUAAAGAAGAGUUGGAGAUUAUAAUAGGAGAGGCUCAGUCCUUAGGAGGGAGGAAAUCUGGUGGAAUGAAAGAGAUGCUGCAAGAUGUGACGAAACUUACAGUCAGACUUCGCUUUCUCGUGGAAGAGCCCCAGCACACUGUGCCAGAUGUGUUUGUGUGGCUGCUAAGCAACAACAAGCGGGUUGCGCAUGCUCGGGUUCGAGCAAGAGAUCUGCUGUACUCUAGCAUCCAGGAGGCCCGAGGAAAACACUGUGGCAAGAUCAUUACACUUUUUCUGAAGCCUCCAGGGAAGCGUGUAGCAGGUUUAUCAGUCCAAGCGAAGCUGGAUGUGUAUCUGUGGUUGGGAACCUGUUCAGACUCAGCUCACAUGCUGGACGACCUGCCUGCAGGAUUCAGUCCGGCCACAGGGGGCACUGACGCCAGCAGCCCCCCAUCACACCUGCUCUGCACAGAGCAGCAUGAGUUCCAGCUGAGGUGUCACAUGUAUCAGGCUCGUGGUCUGAUCGCCGGCGACACCUCUGGCCUGUCUGAUCCUUUCGCUCGCGUCACCUUCCUGUCGCACAGCCAAACCACAGAGAUCAUCAGUCAAACUCUCAGUCCGACCUGGAAUCAGUGUUUGCCGAUGAGCCGCCUGCUGCUGAGUGGAGACCUGCAGCACAUCCAGGAGGAGCCGCCACGCAUCAUCAUCGAGGUUUAUGACGACGAUGCACUGGGCAAAGCUGAGUAUCUGGGAGCCACAGUGGCUGUGCCUGAGGUUCGGUUGACCUCUAACCCAUACACACCUCCGACCCUAAAGUAUAGCCCGCUGCACUGCGGCAGCCAAUCGGGAGGAGACUUGCUUGCUGCAUUUGAACUCCUGCAGAUCCCAGAGUCUGGACAAGAUAGUCUGACGGCGUUAGAGGAAGAGGAAGGAGGGAUCUACCGGGUUCCAGCCAACAUCAGACCUGUACUCAGCACCUACAGGCUGGAGGUGCUGUUCUGGGGUCUGAGGGAGCUAAAGAAAGUUCAGCUGCUAUCUGUCGAUCGUCCACAGGUCUUCAUAGAGUGUGCAGGUAAAACAUUGCGAUCCUCCAUCAUUCAGAAGUACAAGUCCAACCCGAACUUCACCACGCUAUUUGAUGCCAUAGAGCUGCAGUUGCCAGAGAACGAGCUCCUCCUCCCUCCUCUCAGUAUCACUGUCGUUGAUUGGCGGGCCUUCGGUCGCAGCACACUGGUUGGAAACCACAUCAUCAACAACCUCAAAGCCUUUAAAUGCACCCCACUGCCGGCUCCGCCCGCUCCCACCAAGGCUCCCACCAAGGCUCCCACCAAGGCUCCCACCCCACCAAUACGUGGUGUCCAAUACGCCCCUGGAACUGCACUGACUGCAGACCCACAAAGCACUGAAGUAGCUCCGUCGCAGUUUGCUGGAGAAACCAGUUCGGCUGUAACUCUGACAAAUCAGGAUUUACUCAUCACUGUCGAGGAUGAAGCUCCGCCUCCAGCCCCGCCCACCCCAAAGACAGACGGCAGGAAGAAAAAGGACGUCAGCGGUAAAAGCUCUCGCAGUCGCUCCACCAAGAGAAAGAGGCGGACCAUCGCUGACGAAUCAGCAGCGAGCGUCAUCGACUGGUGGUCAAAAUACUACGCGUCUGUAGAGAAAGAGGCCAAAAAAGAUGAAUCCAUAUUCCCCAAGGGCUUUGAAAAUGCUCAGCAGUACCACACCAUGCUCGGCGAGGGAAUAGAAUCUCUAGUCAGCACCCACUCAGACGGAGACAAGAAGAAAAAGCCGAAAGGAAAAGAGACCGUCAUGAUUAAUGUUGGUCUACCUACUAGAUUAGCCACACUCAAGUUGUACAACAAAGAGCUGGAGGCAGAGUUCGGGCCAUUCGAUGAUUGGGUGAGCACAUAUGAGCUGUUCAGAGGGAAGGCCAAUGAGGACGAUGGAGCGAAUGAGGAGCGCUUCAUCGGCAAAUUCAAGGGGAGAUUCUGCCUGUAUAAACUUUCUGAGGAUGAGGAAGGGGACUGGGAUGAAUCUGUGGACACAGGGCAAUUCAGAGUCAGCAGAGGAAUCCCUCGCAACGGCCCAUCCCAAGUCCUCAUACGGGUUUAUAUAGUGUCUGCCUCUAACCUUCAUCCAUCUGACCCUGAUGGAAAGGCGGACCCGUACAUUGUUCUUCGUCUUGGUAAAAAUGAAAUCAAAGACAGAGACAAAUACAUUGCCAAACAGCUAAAUCCUGUGUUUGGAAGAUCUUAUGAGAUGCAGGCAACAUUCCCUCAGGACUCUCUGCUGUCAGUAAUGAUCUAUGACUAUGACAUGGUGGGAGGAGACGACCUGAUCGGGGAGACCCGCAUUGACCUUGAGAACCGAUUCUACAGCCGACACAGAGCCACCUGUGGAAUCCCCACUGAGUACAGUAUUGACGGCUAUAACGCCUGGAGAGACUGUCUGAAGCCAUCAGAGCUGCUGUCCAAGAUGUGCAAGGACAACGGUCUGGACGAACCUUGUUUUAGCCCAGGACGCAUCACUUUCGCGGACAAAGUCUUCACUGGCAAAACACUUUUCAUGGAUGAAGACCAGCCAGUGGAGUCCUAUGAACACUUGUCUCUGAAGAUCCUGCACCGUUGGGCCGAGAUUCCAACUGUGGGUUGCAAACUGGUUCCAGAACACAUCGAGACCAGAACUCUGUUCCACAAGUCCCGGCCCGGCAUGGACCAGGGUCAGGUCCAGAUGUGGGUCGAAAUGUUUCCCAUGGACUUGCCUCAUCCUGGACCUCCAGUGGACAUUUCACCUCGUACACCAAAAGGGUACGAGUUACGAAUCAUCGUCUGGAACACAGAGGAUGUGAUUCUAGAGGAUAGUAACUUCCUGACCGGCCAACAGUCCAGUGAUAUUUACGUCAAGGGCUGGUUGAAAGGUUUUGAGGACGACCGACAGGAGACUGACGUCCACUACAACUCUCUGACUGGAGAGGGAAACUUCAACUGGCGCUUUGUCUUCCCAUUCAGCUACUUGCCUGCUGAGAAGGUUGUAGUGGUGAGGAAGAGAGACAGCAUUUUCUCUCUGGAUAAAACGGAGCAGAAGCUUCCCGCCAUCCUCCUUUUGCAGGUCUGGGACUUUGAGACACUCUCUUCCGACGACUUCCUAGGCACUGUCGAGUUAGACCUCCAUGGUUUCCCUCGUGGGGCAAAGUCAGCCAAGUCCUGUAAGGCGGACAUGUUGACGGACGGUACAGAGAGAAUCUCCAUCUUCCAGCAGAAGAGAGCAAGAGGCUGGUGGCCCUUCAGCAAAUCUGGAGAGCUGACGGGGAAAGUGGAGGCGGAGUUUCAUCUUGUGACCGCUGAGGAGGCGGAGAAAAAUGCUGUUGGACGAGCGCGCAAGGAGCCGGAGCCACUUCCGAAACCAAAUCGUCCAGACACCUCGUUUUCGUGGUUUGUGAAUCCCUUCAAGUGUUUCUUCCACCUUAUUUGGCGAAGCUACAAAAAGUACAUCAUCGUCGCCCUGAUCCUGCUCAUCACCAUACUGUUCCUCGCCCUGCUCUUCUACACACUGCCUGGAGCCAUCUCUCAGAAGAUCGUCAAUGGAUAACACAAACAUACAAUCACUGCACUUUCUGCUCUCAAUUAUCCUUUAGUUAAUAGAAACCCACUGCAUCCCUUACAGCUUUUUUCCUCAUCUGAAAAAUAUCUGCAAACCAGAAAGACCGCACUUAAGU